UCCUCCGCGCCCACCAUCUCGGGGCUCCCGGACUAUAGGGGACCCCUGCAGUCUCCAGAGCUGAGGUCAGCAGGUACAGAGACUAUGAGGCAAGCAGCCCACCGCCCCAGGCCUCCUUAGGACCAGCCCGGCUGCUAGGGAGCAGCAUCGGAGAGAGGAGCCAGAGAUAAAGGACCCCAUUGGACCACUGGGGAUCACUCCAAGCAGCUCCUGUGGACCCGAGCCAGACUGAGGGGUUGUGAUGGAUGGCCAGACUUGCAGACGCUGUUGGACACACAACGACAUGAUGCACAUAGCUGCACAACACUGAGAGCUCAGAUACAAGUGACAGCAUCACACGCCGGCACAGCCCUGCAAUACAGACACCCACACACACAGAAACAGCUGGUAACUCCAAAACAGUCACAGACAGUGACACACAGAACGACCAGCCCCCAACACACACAAAUGGGGGCAUCUGUCCUCCAAACACACGCAAGACAGCACUGACCCACACAGACAGACCUGGAGACACACACACACCCUCACCCAAGCGCUGCUCUCGGUGGCCCCUGCACAUCCUCCAGACCCCCACGGGGACACUCGCGUUCCUCCACACACUUAUGCACACGCACAGCCAGGAGCAAAUACAGCUCGCAUACCCCAGCUCCAGCUCUGGCAGCCCGGACUCCUGCAGCCUCCUUUGUGGGUGAGGAAGAACUCAGCCAGCGUUGGAUGUAGCCUCGGUGAAGCCAAAAGCUCCGAGAGGAAAGGGUCUGGCCUGGCAUGACCCUUGCCAGCCCCUCCACUUGGCUGGGUGAUGUCCCCUGGUCUGGGUCCUGGGGCCCCUUGGCAGUAUCAUGGAGCAACUGACACCCCUCCCACGGCUCAGGAACCCCAGAGCCAUGGAGCCAUGGGCAUUGCCAGCCUGGCAGAGCUGGACUCCAGUUCAGGGGGUUGAAUCUGAAGACAUAGCCCCAAGGAGUGCCGAAACUCCAGCAGCUCGGUGGGUUGGAGAACAGAAGCCUCAGGAGAACUCUGAGCCCGAGGGAGCCCGAAGCCCCAGGCCAGCGGGGGACAUUGACCCAGAAGGAAUGCCUGGGCUGCCCAGCCUGGGGCAGCAAGCAGUGAGCUCCAGACCUGGCUGCCCAAGGCUGGAGGACGAGGAGGUGGAGGCUUUCCCUAAGAGUAAGCUGAACAUGGGCUUCGGGGACAGGCCCAAUCUGGAGCUGCUGAGGGCCCUGGAAGAGCUGCAGCAGCGCUGUGCCAUCCUUAAGGAGGAAAACCAGAUGCUGAGGAAGAGCAGCUUCCCUGAGACGGAGGAGAAGGUGCGGAGGCUAAAGCGGAAGAACGCUGAGCUGGCGAUCAUUGCCAAACGCCUGGAGGAAAGGGCCCAGAAGCUGCAGGAGACUAACCUGAAGGUGGUGAGUGCCCCUGUGCCCCGUCCGGGGGCGAGUUUGGAGUUGUGCAGGAAGGCCAUGGCCCGCCAGAGAGCCCGGGACCUCAGUGAGACAGCCAGUGCCCUCCUGGCCAAGGACAAGCAGAUCUCUGCCUUGCAGCGGGAGUGCAGGGAGCUGCAGGCCAGGCUCACCCUGGUUGGCAAGGAGGGCCCCCAGUGGCUCCACGUGCGGGACUUCGACCGGCUGCUGCGCGAGUCCCAACGGGAGGUGCUGCGGCUGCAGAAGCAGAUCGCCCUACGCAACCAGCAGGAGCCGCCUUCACCACCCCGGCCCCCAGGCUACGCUACCUUGGCCAGGGCAGGGGCCCCCGCCCCCGGGGCCCCGGGAGAGGCCAUACUCCAGGAGGAUGUGGAAAACCCACCCGUGGUCCUAGGGAAGCCAGAGAAACAGCAGAGCGUGCAGCAGCUGGAAUCUGAGCUCAGCAAGAAGCGGAAGAAAUGCGAGAGCCUGGAGCAGGAAGCCCGGAAAAAGCAGAGGCGAUGUGAGGAGCUGGAACUGCAGCUGAGAGAAGCCCAGAAUGAGAAUGCCCGCCUGGUGGAGGAGAAUUCUCGGCUCAGUGGGAGAGCCACAGAGAAGGAGCAGGUGGAGUGGGAGAAUGUGGAGCUGAGGGGCCAGCUCCUGGGGGUGACACAGGAGAGGGACUUAGCCCUUCACAAGAGCCAGGGCCUGCAGAGCAAGCUGGAGAGCCUGGAGCAGGUGCUGAAGCACAUGCGGGAGGUGGCCCAGCGGCGGCAGCAGCUGGAGGUGGAGCAUGAGCAGGCUCGGCUGAGCCUGCAGGAGAAGCAGGAGGAAGUCCAGAGGCUGCAGCAGGCCCAGGCGGAAGCCAGGAGGGAGCAUGAAGGGGCCGUGCAGCUGCUGGAGUCUACCCUGGAUUCCAUGCAGGCCCGCGUUCGAGAGCUUGAGGAGCAGUGCCGCAGCCAAACAGAGCGCUUCAGCCUCCUGGCACAGGAGCUCCAGGCCUUCCGCCUGCACCCUGGCCCCUUGGAUCUGCUCACCUCUGCCCUGGGCUACAGUACCCUUGGGGACCAUCCACCACCCCCCUGCUGCUGCUCUGCCCCCCAGCCUUGCAGGGGGCCCAGCCCCAAAGACCUUGACCUCCUGCCGGGCUCCCCAGGACGCUGCACCCCAAAGUCUUCUGAGCCUGCCCCUCCCACCCUUGCUGGGGUCCCCCGAAGGACCACCAAGAAGGCAGAGUCUCUCUCUAACUCCUCUCGCUCCGAGUCCAUCCACAACAGCCCCAAGUCAUGUCCUACACCUGAGCCUUGCCGUGGGCUGGCCCUUUCUGUUUCCCCCCAGGUGGACACAGCCAGUGAGGUGGAGGAGCUGGAGGCAGACAAUGUCUCCCUGCUCCCAGCAGUGCAGGAGGGCAGCCGGGGAGAGGCCAGGAUCCAGGUCUUCCUAGCACGCUACAGCUACAACCCCUUCGAGGGCCCCAAUGAGAACCCGGAGGCAGAGCUUCCACUUACUGCUGGCGAGUACAUCUACAUUUAUGGCAACAUGGACGAGGAUGGCUUUUUUGAAGGGGAGCUCAUGGAUGGCCGGAGGGGCCUGGUCCCUUCCAACUUUGUAGAGCGCGUGUCCGACGACGACCUCCUCACCACCCUCCCUUCGGAGCUGGCCGAUCUGUCCUGUAGCUCAGGGCCUGAACUCAGUUUCCUGAGUGGAGGGGGGAUUGACAGCAGUAGUGGGGGCCAGAGCAGCGGGGGACGCAGCCAGCCCAGACCGGAGGACGAGGCUGCAGGGGACGAGCUCAGUCUGAGCCCCCCACCCGAGGGCCUGGGCGGGCCCCCUGCUGUGCCUUACCCUCGCUGUCUGGUGCUCCUCAAGCAGCUGGCCCACAGUGUGGUGCUGGCUUGGGAGCCACCUCCUGAGCAAGUGGAGCUCUGUGGCUACCACGUCUGUGUGAAUGGGGAGCUGCGUCAGACCCUGGGGCCUGGGGCCCCUCCCAAGACUGUGCUUGAAAACCUGGACCUGCGGGUCGGACCCCUCCAUGUCUCUGUACAGGCCCUGACCAGCCAGGGCAGCUCUGACCCUCUGCGCUGUUGUUUGGUGGUGGGUACCCGGGUCGAGGUAGCACCUAGCCAGCUACGGGUCCAUCGACUGACAGCCACAUCUGCAGAGGUCACUUGGGUGCCUGGCAAUAGCAACUUGGCCCAUGCCAUCUACCUCAAUGGGGAAGAGUGCCCCCCUGCCCGCCCCAGCACCUACUGGGCCACCUUCUGCCACUUGCGGCCUGGUACACUCUAUCAGGCUCGAGUGGAGGCUCAACUCCCAUCUCGAGGGUCCUGGGAACCAGGCUGGGAGAGGCUGGACCAGCGGGCUGCCACCUUGCAGUUCACCACACUCCCAGCAGGCCCACCUGAUGCCCCCCUGGAUGUGCAGGUUGAGCCGGGGCCCUCCCCUGGAAUCUUGAUCAUUAGCUGGCUCCCAGUAACGAUUGAUGCUGCUGGUACCUCCAAUGGUGUUCGGGUCACAGGCUAUGCCAUCUAUGCUGAUGGGCAGAAGAUCAUGGAGGUGGCCUCGCCCACAGCGGGCAGUGUGCUCGUGGAGUUGUCCCAGCUGCAGCUGCUACAGGUGUGCAGUGAGGUGGCUGUGCGCACCAUGUCGCCCCAUGGCGAGUCCGCUGACUCCUUUCCGGCUCCUGUUGCCCCAGCCCUGGCUGCGGCCUACCUGCAAGCCAAAGUCUCCUGCCCCUCACCACGACCAGGCUUGGAGGCCAGAACACCCCUUGCUCCAGCCGCCCCAGGACCUGGAGACCCCAGCUCUCCCCUCCAGUGCCCUGACCCCCACAGAACUCAGGAGCCCCCUGGGGGCCUCCCAGCAAGCCCUCCCAGAGAGACACCAAAAGGACCCCAAGUGGAGCCCCCAGCACCUUGCUCCCAGGAGGAGGCUGGGGAACCUGUGCCGGGUGCCUCAGAGGACAGAGCCAGUGAGCCAGCUGCGGGUGAGAGAGCUGGCCCUGCACCUUCCCCCUUGGCCAAGCAGGAGGCCAGGGGGGCCCAGGGAGCACUGGCCCAGAGGGUACCCUGUGCUGAGGCCUGCCACAGAGGCGACCCGGGAACUGGGCUGAGGCCCAGGGCUGAGAGGGAGGAUGCAGCAGAGCUUGGGGUCCGUCUGGUGAACUCCCUUGUGGACCACGGCCGCAACUCAGAUCUGUCAGACAUCCAGGAGGAGGAGGAGGAGGAGGAGGAGGAGCUGGCUUCCAGGACUUGCUCUUUCCAGAAGCAGGUUGUUGGCAACAGCAUCAGGGAGAAUGGGGCCAAGCCCCAGCCCGACCCCUUCUGUGAGACUGACAGCGACGAGGAGGUCUUGGAGCAGAUUCUGGAGCUGCCCCUCCAGCAGUUCUGCAGCAAGAAGCUCUUUAGCAUUCCUGAGGAGGAGGAGGAGGAGGACAAGGAGGAAGAGGAGGAGGAGGACAAGCAGGAGGAGGAGGAGGAGGGCGAGGAGCAGCCAGGAGCAGGCUGUCCUUCCCGAGACCCCGGCCUGCCUGAGCCUGCAUUGCUAGGGCUGGGCUGCAACAGCAGGUGGCCUCGAGGACCUGGCCCACCUCCCUUGUCUCCCGAGCCCUGCAGGGCCGGGGACCGUCUGGAAGAUACGCCUGGACUAGUUGGUGGCAGCAGCCGGAGGAGAGGAAGUGUGUCCCCUGAGAAGCCUCCAAACCGCAGGCGGUCCCCAGAUCCCCGGGAACACUGCAGCCGGCUUCUCAGCAAUGGGCUCCAGGCCUCUGGACGACCAGGCCCUGCACGGGAGAGGGGCGGGCCCGCUGUGGGCGAGGGGACCAGGGGUGGGCCAGAGGCUGGGGGGAGAGGACGGCCGGCCCCUUCCCGGAGGUGCCCCCGUGGCCGUGUCCCGGAAUCUGGCCUGGCCAGCUGCCUCUCCCCCAAGUGCUUGGAAAGCAGCAUCGAAUAUGAUUCUGAGGAUGAGCUGGAGGCGGGCGGCGGGGGCAUCAGCAUCAGCGGCUCCAGUUACUCCGGAGACGGGGAGGCCUGGGGCACAGCACCCGUAGGAAGGCCCCGGGGACCUCUGAAGGCCAGUUCAGGCUCCACUCCCCACUCACACCUCCUGGCCUGGGAGAAAGGGGAGCCGGAGUGGAGAGGCCGCAGUGCGACUGGCAGAGCCAAGGAGCCAGCCUCCCGGGCAACAGAGACUGGGGAGCCCAGAGGGUCAGACAGCUCUGGGCGGAGGGGCCCCCUGAGGAGAGGGGGCCAGGCCCCCAGGCCAGGUGCCUCUGAGCUGGACCUCUCCACAGCUCCUCCCGGGAGUCCCCCAGAAGCAGCUCUGGUUUACCAGGACCUACCUGUCAGGAUCUUUGUGGCUCUGUUUGACUAUGAUCCUGUGUCAAUGUCACCCAACCCUGAUGCUGGGGAAGAGGAGCUCCCCUUCCGGGAAGGCCAGAUUCUCAAGGUGUUUGGGGACAAGGAUGCUGAUGGAUUCUACCGGGGUGAAGGUGGGGGCCGGACAGGCUACAUCCCCUGCAACAUGGUGGCUGAGGUGGCUGUGGACAGACCAGCGGGUAGACAGCAGCUGCUCCAGAGGAGUUAUUUGUCCCCACAUGUUCUUGUUGAGGGCUCAGGGAAUGUUCCUUCUGUGUACUCCACAGCCCACACACCUGGGCCUCCCCCUAAGCCCCGCCGCUCCAAGAAAGCAGAGUCAGAAGGUGCUGCCCCACCCUGUGCAGGCAGCCCCCAGCCAGUCUCCUCUGCCAGCCUGCAAGCUCCCCACUCCAUGGUGGCUGCAUUUGACUACAAUCCCCGGGAGAGCUCACCCAACACGGACGUGGAGGCAGAGCUGCCCUUCCGAGCAGGGGAUGUCAUCACGGUGUUUGGGGGCAUGGACGACGAUGGUUUCUACUACGGCGAGCUGAAUGGGCAGAGGGGCCUGGUUCCAUCCAACUUCCUGGAGGGACCUGGGCCUGUGGCAGGAGGCUCGGACAGGGAGCCCGGAGCAUCCCAGGCUGAGAGUCAGGACUGGGCCAGCUCAACACAAGGGCCCCCAGUGCCCCAAGGCUGGCCCUGUGUCCCUGGCCCUGGCAGCUUCCCCAGGAUGGAACUGGGAGGGCCUCAGGGCACAGGCAAGAAAGUGUGGGGUCUCCUUUCCAAGGGGAAGCAGCUCCUCAGGAAACUGGGCUCUGGAAAGAAGGAAUGAUGCUGUGGCCCAUCCUGCAGGCAGAAGUGGCUCCCUGGGGCCCCCGGAUCACUGUUGUGCCUGGGUGGGGAGGGUCCUGGGCUCCCGUUCUUCUGAGUUGACACUUGGCACUUGGAUGGGAAUCAGAGACUUGGUGAAGGGCAGAGCUAGAUGAGUCACUGAGGCUGAAUCCUCUGGAUGGUCGCCCUCCUCUUACUUGGGACCCAGAGUGAGGAGGUGACACGUCCAAGGUUGCUGAGCGCCUCCGCCACAGAGCAGGACUGGGCCCAGAACCCUCGGAUGCUAGUCUGCCCACCGAUGCCUCCUCUCCCGGCAGGCUCUGUGAGCCCCUCCUCUGGGCCUCCCCAGUCUCAGGACAGAGACCUGGGAGGAGGAGGGGGCCUGUUCCCUCUGAUCAUGUCUUUCCUCCCCCGAAGGAAAGUUUGCACUGGAUUCUACCGAGCCUGGCCUCCCCAGGGCCAGCAGCCGAGCCGUGUAUAUAUGUACAUACUCAAUGCUUCCUCCGUCUCGCUUCCACUGCACAGGCCCGGGAAGGAGAAAGGCCAUGCCAAAGUGGGCCUAACCCCACCCCAUAGUGCUCCACCCCUCCCUGCCAGCCAGCCUCCUGGCCACUCUGUCCUCGCCCCCUACGAUGCAGGGGCCAGCAGGCAGAAAGCAGGAGUUGGGUUUGCCUUAUUUUGCUCAUUGGAUUCAAUUUCUCUUUUGCAUUGUUUUCCUCUGGCUCCUUUUGGAGUCCAGGACUGGGGGAAAGGACAGAUUUAUGCAGCUAUUUUCAUACAUUCCCUGCUCCAAGUGGGGUAAGGGGGCUCUUCUCCCUUACCUCAACCACCCCAUUCCCCACUCUGGCUGGGUGAGUGUCUCUGCAUGUUCCCUUUGCUGUGGCGGGAGAUUGUCUGACUGAGCCCCCUCUCCCACCUUGGUCUCCAGCGGUGUGGAAUGGUGGGGGCAUUUGUUUAAGAAGACAUUUUAUUAUAAUAAAGUCUAUUUUCA